AUGGCCUGCCUCUGCGUAGCCAUCCUGGGGUUCCUUGGGCAUCGCCCAUCCAACCUUCAACGCCUGCGGGCUCUCUUUGGGCGAAGAAGAGGGAAAGUGACCUUUGCAUCUGUGGGAAAAGAGCCCAGGCAGCGGACUGCAGCUGCCCCAUCCAGAAAGACCGUCGCCAACUGCGUUGAAGCCUACUUGCGCGAGAAGAACCAGGACCAGAAGCGCCAUCUGGAGUUCCUUGAGGCCGCAAGAACCGCCUGCCAGGGAGGGCGGAGAAGGCUGCCAUUCUGCAAAGAGGUGGUGGGGGAGGCCAUCAAGGACAUCAUGGUGGGCUCCCUACUGGAGGUGGGCCCGACCUUCCUCUCCGCCAUGGCCGCUGUGGAGCGCCUGAGCAAAUUCCCGCCGGCAUUCAGCACUCCACUGCGCCAGUCCCUGGAGACCUGGGCGCUGCGCCUGGUGCUGGGCCGCAGCUCAGGCCCCGGAGAGGAGGGAAGCCAGGCUCCAGGGGAUGUGGCUGAGGAGGGUCUCCUCCAAAUGCUCAGGGGGCUUCUCCGGGAGGACCCAUCUGCUGGGCACCUGGCCUCCAUCUUCGAACAACUCGUCUACUGGGGCCAGCCCAGGUGGACUGGGAGGCUUCCAGGUACCGUCCACAACCAUCGGUCAAGCAACCUGCUGGGCAUCAUGAAAGAGCUACCUUCCAUCAGUAUCCUGGAGGAGGACGUCCUGGGCCAUGUCGUGGGUGCAGUUGGGCGGUCUCCCCUGGCUUCGAAUCCCGAAGAAGGCAUCCAGCAGAAGCUGUGGAAGUGA